AUGGUAAACACAAUGAGCAACGUGGAGCACUGUUACAACUGCAGCAACUCUGAAGGACUCUUCCCCAUUGUGAUAUUAAGUUGCACCUUUGCCAUUGGCCUUCCCUUGAACAUUAUUGCUCUGUUUGGCGUGUAUCAGCUGAGGAACCAACCUGGAUUGCUGGUCACGUAUACACUGAACCUCAUCCUAACGGAUCUUUGUAAUCUCGUGACCUUGCCUCUGUGGAUAGAGUACUUCCUCAAUCACAUGCACUGGGUGCACGGUAAGGUCACCUGCUUGGUAACUCACUUUGUGUUCUACAUUGACAUCUACGUCGGGGUCUACUUUCUAACCUGGAUUGCAAUUGAUCGCUAUCUGGCCAUCGUCCACCCUUUGCGCUCUCGAGGACUUCGAACCAAAAAGUUUGCUGUUAUAAUCAGCAUCUGCGGGUGGCUCUUCUGUAGCGCGGGAGGUCUCCCCUUCAUGCUGUUAUUUGAGUUUGUGGAAAAUGAGUCAUGCUUUGAGAUGUAUCCAUCAUCUCUAAACUACGCCAUUCUCAGGUUGGUAUCAAUCUGUUUUGUAUUUUUCCUCCCCUGUGUCAUUCUCUGCUUCACUUAUGGAAGCACUCUUCAAACUAUUCAAAGAACAAGGUCUCUGGAACCUGAUGAAAAGAAACGGAUACAACAGUUGCUGCUGACAGUGGGGUUCAUAUUUCUUGUAUUUUUUGGCCCAUACCACAUAGUCUACACUUACGGGAUCGUUGUCUUAUUCUCUGCUGACGAUAUCUGUCACCAUGAAUGUUCUAUUGUCUUCUACCUUCAUGCAACUUUGGCAUUUAUGACUCUUAACAAUGUAUUUGUUCCGGUGUUGUAUAUAUUUGUUAGUGGAGAUAUCCGAAAGAGCCUUUGCAAAUGUUAUGGAUGCAUUAAGUUGGGAGAAGCAGGAGUCUGUUAUAUGAACUGCAUUGACAAACUUACAAACCGAAAUAGAGGAAACCCUUCACAUUCAGAGCAGGAACUUCAUCAGAAUCAAGCAAAUUAA